CAGUUGGUCCCCAAAUAGAAUGAAACCCUCACUCCAUCCCCUCUCCUCGCCAGAGAUCAGGAGAAACCCAGGAACCAAAACGAGGCCAGAGACCUCCUCCAUUCCCCAUCUCCUUCCUCUAUCCAUCGAUCAGAGCUCAGAGGAACGAGGAGGGGAGCCUCCCUGUCAACCUCUGGUUCUCGUUGAUGCUGAUCGCCGCCACCGAUGCCUCCGAAGCGCCAGCCCUCUAAAGCGGACCUCGCCAAGAAGCAGAAGGUAGUCGAGGACAAGACCUUCGGUCUCAAGAACAAGAACAAGAGCAAGAAUGUCCAGAAGUACGUCCAGAGCCUCCAUCAGUCCGUCCAACCCAAGCCCGAUCCCUCCAAGAUCGCCGCCAAGAAGAAGAAGGAAGAGGAAAAGGCAAGGGACAAGGAGCUGAACGAUUUGUUCAAGAUUGCCGUCAGUCAGCCGAAAGUCCCAAUUGGUGUUGAUCCCAAGUCUAUACUAUGUGAGUUCUUCAAAGCCGGGCAGUGUCAGAAAGGGUUUAAGUGCAAGUUCUCGCAUGAUUUAAAUGUCCAGAGAAAGGGUGAGAAGAUUGAUCUCUACAGCGAUAAGCGUGAUCAGCCUGAUGAAACCAUGGAGGAUUGGGAUCAAGAGACAUUAGAGAAGGUCGUGGAGUCAAAGAAGAAGGAAUAUAAUCCAAACAAACCCACUGAGAUUGUUUGCAAAUACUUCCUAGAAGCAGUGGAAAAGAAACAAUAUGGCUGGUUUUGGGUUUGUCCAAAUGGUGGGAAAGACUGCCACUACAGACAUGCUCUUCCACCUGGGUAUGUUUUAAAAUCUCAAAUGAAGGCAUUAUUGGAGGAAGAGACGGAAAAAAUAUCAAUUGAAGAGGAGAUUGAAAAUCAGCGUGCAAAAGUUACUGCAUCGACUCCUCUUACUCCUGAGUUAUUCAUGCAAUGGAAAAAGAAAAAGAUGGAUGAAAGAGAAGCUGGUCUUGCUGCACGGCAGGCAGAGAGGGCUAAGAAUGAUCGCAUGAGUGGUCGUGAGUUGUUUCUGUUGGAUUCAAGUGUGUUUGUCGAUGAUGCUGAGGCAUAUGAGAAGUACCAAAGUGAAGAAGAAUCUGAUGCUUCUGAACAGAAGGUGGAGAAUGAAAAUGGGCCUGAGAGGCCAAGUACGUCAACUUCUGUAGAUAAGGAUGUCGAAGAAGUGCUAGCUGAUGACGACGAUGAUGAAUUGGACAUUGAUGAGCUAAAUGAGCUGGAAGCAAGUCUAUGUAAAACAUCAAUCCAGAUCCGGGAGCCAGGCAUAGGUGCAUCAUCUUGAGAGGCUUGCAAAGUAUCUUCCGAUGCCCAAAAUCUUGCAUCCGCCCAUGCUUAGAUGGAAUCAUCAGCAACAGCAUCUCUGCAUUUUGAAAUUCAAGGCAUGAGUAUGCCAUCAAUAGUAGGAUCAGUGUAAUGUGUGAACAAGGUGACUCGGCUUUGUUGUUGGCAAAGAUGCUCUUGUGACCAGUCAUAUUUUAUUGAAUGUGGUGUCAAUAAUAGAAUCAAACUUGGAUUUGCUUGCUGAGGUGCGGGGGAAUUAAGUUUUGAUGCUAGCUUUCCCAGUUAAGCAAGGUGAUUGAAGCAGAGCAUGGUGUUAAGAAGAGUGUCAGAGGCGUAGCCUGGGAUCUUUUGAAUAAACUGAUUUAUGGAAAGCUAAUGCGUAUGCAAGAUACCUGA